CGCCCCCCGGCCACGCCCCAGACCCCGAGUGGGCUCUGCAGCAGGCGGCGACCGCGACAGGCUGGCCGACUCCCAGGCCCCGGCCCACUCGCUCAGAAUGGAGGACGGCUUCCCGGCCCCUCCGCCGCCCCCGCCGCCGGCCCAGGACUCGGCCACGGACCCGGCCCAGACGCCCCCGGAGGGGCCCGGCGCCCUGCCGCCGCCCCCGCCCAAGGAGUCCUUUUCGCGAUUCUACCAGCAACGCCAGGCCAGCGAGCUGAAGCGCCUUUACCGCCACAUGCACCCGGAGCUGCGGAGGAACCUGGAGGAGACCGUGGCCGAAGACCUCGCCGACCUCCUUGAGGCGGGGAGUCCGGGCCCCCAGGCCCCGGGAGGCUCAGACCCGGCCCCGGCCGGCGGCGGCGGCGGCGGCGGCGGCGACGUCCAGUGCAUGCGCUGGAUCUUCGACAACUGGCGGCUGGACGCCAUCGGGGAGCGCCCAGGUCCCAAGAAACUGACUGACGAGGAGGCCGUGCUGAGCGGAGACGUGAAGGCCACAUCCCUCAAGUUCGAGGGCCCGGGCGGCGGCGGGGCGACCCCGCUGCCCGCCGCCCCGCCGCCUCCCCCCGACUCGGGGGCGGCCACGGGGGCCGUGCGCACGGCGCGGUGGCUGUUCGAGACCCAGCCCCUGGACGCGCUCAACAAGACGAGGCUGGAGGAGACGGAGCUGCAGGAAGCCGUGCUUCAGCAGCCCGCGCAGAGCGAACCCGAGCCCAGAGGGGACGUGCAGGGCACCCGGCGGCUCUUCGAAGGCUGCGGCCUGGACGCCGCGCGCGGCCCCGACCAGGAGCGGAGCGUCCUGCGGCUGUGCUCGGAGAUCCGGGACCUGCAGGGCGGCGUGCAGAAGACCGUCAAGCUGUUCCAGACGGAGCCGCUCUGCGCCCUCCGCGACGGCGCUGGGCACAUGCACGAGAUCCAGGCGGUGUGCCGCGAGGAGAUCGGCAGCGCCGCCGUCAGCGCUGCCCGCUGGCUGUUCGAGACGCGGCCGCUGGACGCCAUCGACCGCGACCCGGCCGCCCGGGUGCACGUCGUCCGGGGCAUCUCCCUGGAGGAGGCGGCGCGGCCCGACGUGAGCGGGGCCCGCUGGCUCUUCGAGACGCAGCCGCUGGACGCCAUCCGGGAGGUCACGGUGGACGAACGAGAGUUCCAGUCGGCGCCCGAGGUGGUGUCCGGCCCAGAUGUGCGGAAGCGGCGGCUGCUCUUUGAGACCCGGGCGCUGGACUCGCUGACGGGCGAGGCGGGCGAGGAGGGCGCGGCCGGAGGGGAGGGCGAGGCGGGCGAGGCCGGGAGGGGACCGGCCCGCCCGGGGCCGGGGGAGGGAGAGGCAGCGGCGGGGGCCGUGCGAUCCACCCUGUGGCUGUUCGAGACGCAGCCCCUGGGCGCGCUGGGCGGCGGCCGCUGCCAGGUGGGGCGACUGCAGCGGGUGGAGCCCCGGGAGGAGGGCCGGGGGGACGAGGGGGACGGCGCCCUCGAGGGCCGGCCGGCCGCGGACAGCGGGGAGGUCAAGGCCUUCAGGGCCCUGUUCGAGGCCCUCCCCUUGGACCGCAUCGGGCCGGCGAGCCCGGCGAGCCCCGGCGGCGGGGUCGGAGCCGAGGCGGGGGUGGCCGUGGGCCACGUGCGGGCCACCCAGGCCCUGUUCGACGCCUCCCCGCUGUACGUCCUUCGGGACGGCCGCGGCGGGCUGCACCGGGUCACCGCGGUCAGCCGCGAGCAGGAGGCCGGGCGGGGCUGCCUGUGGCUGUUCGAGACGAAGCCCCUGGACGGGGCCCCGCGGACGGCGGAGGUCAUCCGGGGCCUCACCCGCGAGGAGGCGGCGGCCGAGGACGGAAGGACGGCCCGCUGGUUCUUCGAGACGCGGCCUGCGGAGCCGGCGGAGCCCGCCGAGGCGCAGCGGGGAGAGUCGCCCAAGGGCGAAGCGCCCACGUGCCGGUGGCUCCUGGAGACGACAAGGCCGCCGGACGCGGAGGACUCCGGCGACCCCCGGGUCUCCGUGACCCCCGAGCCCUGCACGUGGAUGCUGGAGGCGCAGCCCCCGGACGGGCAGGGGCCACCGCGCGAGCAACGUCUGCGGGCCGGCCAGGUGUCCGGCGUGGGCGGCGGGGUGGGCGGCACCGUCCGUCGCCUCUUCGAGACCGAGGCCCUGGGCGGCCAGGGCGGGCCCAGGAAGGCCGUUCGCACCUGCAGCCGGGUGGAGAUCCCGUCCGGGGCCGUGUCCCGCCGGCGGGAGGUGUUCGAGGCGCAGCCCGGGGCCGCCCAAGGGGCCGGGGGCUCCGCGGCGUCGGCCGCUGGCGAGGUCGAGCCGGGCUCCGUGCGCCGCUUCACGUGGCUCUUCGAGACCCGCCCCAUGGACGGGCUGAACGCCGCCCCGGGGGGCAUCCGGGAGCUCCCGGCCGCCAGCGGCGGGGCGAGCGCCGGCAAGAGGUUCGUGUUCGAGACCCUGGCCCUGGGGCAGCUGCAGGCCCAGGUGGACGAGUCCGAGCUGCCGCCGCCGCCGCCGCUCCCGCGCGCGGCCCACGCGUGCACCAUGCGCUUCGAGGGCCGGCCCCUCUACGCCCUGCGCGACGCGGACGGCGGCUGCCACGAGGUGACGGCCGUGCGGAAGGAAGAAGUGAGGCGGGGCACGGCGCGGGGAGCCCGCUGGGUCUUCGACACCAGCCCGCUGGACGCCGCCGAGGGGACGGAGGUGUUCCUGGUGCGGGCCGUCACGCAAGAAGAGGGCGGCCGGGGCGCCGCGCGUUGGCGGUUCGAGACGGAGCCCCUGGAGCCGGCGGCCAGGACGCCGGGGGAGAGGAUGGACGCGCCGUCGAGGGAAGACGCCGGGCCGGGAGACGGCGUCCGGAGCGCGGCCGCCGGCCAGUCCCGAGCCCCCGUCGGCCCCGGGCGGUACGUGCGGACCGUGAGCGUCAGCGACCAGCAGCGGGGACACGUGCGCACCUCCACCUGGCUGUUCGAGAACCGGCCCCUGGACUCCCUGCGGGGCCCACCCGAGGCGGGCGAGCCCGAGGCCGGAGAGGCCCCUUCCCCGGCCAUGACCACGGUGCAGAGGGAGGACGUCAGCCGCGGGGGCGUCAAGCGCUGCGCCUGGCUCUUCGAGACGCAGCCGCUGGACCGUCUCCGAGACCCCCCGACCCCCGCGGAACCGGGCGCCCGGGGGGCCGAGGACGAGAGGGGGGAGGAGACCCAGGCGAAGAGCACCACGUGGCUCUUCGAGAACGCGCCUCGGGACGGGCUCAGCGCCUCUCCCGAGGGGCCCGAGGGCUCCGUCCGGGCCAGCCUGCGCGCCCUCCACGCCUGCGGGGCCGUCCUGCGCGGGGGCGUCGUGAUCGAGGCCCGCGGACCCGGCCGCGUCCGCCUGGCCCGCUACCAGCUGGGCGGCCCCGGACACCCGGAGGUCCGGAAGGAAGAGACGGUCGCCGGCGACCUGCGGGACGUCCUGGGCCCGCUGCUCCAACGGGAGCGCCUGGAGCGGCCGGCGCUGCUGGCCGAGGGGGACGCGAGGGGCGAGAUCCGCCUCAGCCCCUUGCAGGUCCCCGAGGCCAGCGGGCCCGGGGCCGCGGCGGCCCUGGGCGAGUUGGUGGACCGGCAGGACGCCACGGCCCGGAGGGGGCUGGUGCUGCAGGAGGCGGCGGACGGCGCCGUCGGCCUGGUGGUCUUCUCCCUCCCGCGGACCGGGGCCGAGAGGGGCCUCGUGCGGCUGUUCGCCGACUGCAUCGAGCGGGGCGACCUGAGCCACCUGGGCAACCUGCGCCGGGAGGCGGAGAUGGACCCGAGCCCGGGGGAACCGUCUGAACCGUCCACGGGGGGCCUGAACCCAUCCCAGAGCGUGAUCCACGUGGACCCGCUGGACGCCUCGGCAGCCCGCCCCCUUCCGCGGACCCAGGGCGAGGAGAGGCCCGAGCAGGGCGGGGCCGGGACACCCGCGGGGGCCCCCACCGACGGUCCGGACUUGCAGGCGGCACUGCGAGGCCUCAGAUGGGCGGCGGCCGAAGCCCGGACCCUGCAGGACCACGUGCAGCGGAAACUCCAAGGAGACAAAACGGGAGGGCCGCCCCGACCCGGCCCGGGCCCUUCUGACGCCGGGACCCCCGCAGCCUCACAGCAGCAAUCCCGGCCGGCUCCCGGACCGGUCAGUGCCGAGAAGCGGGGACGACCCUCCCCGGACACAGGGGACACCGCUCAACUGGCCGCCGCUGGCGCCGAGCCCCGCCACGGAGAGCGGCCGGGUUUGGGGAGCGGUCAGCAGGGCACCGUAGCCAGGGAAGGCCCGGAGCCGGCGGCCCUCGCCCCCGGGGGCUCUCCUAGCCAGGAGGAAGGGAGCCCGGGGAGCUUGCAGGAGGCGCUGAAGAGUCUGGAAAGGUGCCAAGUCAAUGUCUCCAGGGGCGACUUUCAGGCUGCGAUGAUCUACCGCAACGCGGGGCGGGAAAAGCCUGGGGAAGCGCCGAGACCUCGGGCGGCGGCGAUCCCUGGCGAGACGACGCCGGCCGAUUUAGGUCUCGCUCCUCCCGCUGCUCGGUCGCGGACAGAGCCUCCCUCGCUACCCGGCUCCGGCCCCCAGGACCAGGCGCCGGCACUUCGCCCCAAGCCCAGCCUCCCGCCCAAGCCGGCCCACCUCGCCGGCCUGGGCAGUCCCGGCCAGCCUCCGGCCCCGGAGAGGAAGGGGCCGCCGGCCAGGACCCCACUCCAGCUGGCCGAAGAGCGUUUCAGGGAGGCCCGCCAGCGCGAGCCGAGUCUUGCCGCCGGAGCCGGGGGUCGGGCGGUGGCCGGCGCACCGCAGCCGAUGUCCGAUCCGGGAAGCCCGUCGGGGGGCUCCCCGCCCCAGCGGUUUUCAGAUGGGCAGUUAGCCCGGCCCGCAGAGGCCCGGCCAGCCCAGGGGCAGGGAGAAGGGGGAGCCGCGGCGACGCCUCCCUCCGGGUCCCCCGGCGGGGACCCGAGCCGGGGCAGCCCCGUGCCCGGUCGGGCUGGCUUGGUUCUGCAGCCCCGGAUCGGUUCCCCGUCCUUCAUUUCCAUCGAGUCCGUGGCUAGGAAGCCGGCUGCCAAGGCCGCACAGGAACGCCCUCCGCCGGAUCCCACUCCGGCUCGGGGGGGUGGGGUCCCCGAGGCGGGGGUCGAGCCACUGCCGGUCCUGCCGCACCCGACCCGCUCCGGAGGCAGCGGGGAUGGGGCCUGGGGCCUGCGGGGGCCGGACUCCACCGCCUCCGGGAGACAGAAGAGCAUGUUGGAGGUGCAGAUGGGGACCGUGAUUGUCUCCGCUCCCACCCUGCGGCGGUAGGCCGCGUCCGGCGCCCCCGCACGCCCCUUGCACGCCCCCUCCUCGCCCCCUCCUCACAGUCCGGCCACGGUCUCCCCAGGUGUCAUGAGAUUCUUACAAGGCUCUUGGGAGGAGGAGCCGGGGAGGAGUGGCUGAGCGCUGGGAACGCCAGGCGGGACAAGCACAGCCCGCGAACCCACGAUCCCCCUUAGCCUGGCAGCCCCCGUACCGGCCGGAAAGCCACCCUCCGUUCCUUUUGGCUCCUUCCUUCCUCAACCUGGGGUGGACCGGGCCAGCUGGAGGGCAGGGGGUUGCUCAGUCCGGAUUCGAUCCACAGGGCCCGGAGGAGUCCCCAUUAGGCCCAACCCUGCCUCAGGGACCCUCAGGGACCUUGGGCAUACGAGCGUGAACACACACACACACACACACACACACACACACACACACACACACCCGCGCUCAGACUCCUCCUCAUCCACACACACUCACAAACACCUAGCCCCCUCCACCGACCACAAACUGCCAGACUCAAUCACUCCCACACUCCCACAGGCAGCAGCCGGCCUUGUAGGCAGGUUUUCCUCCUUCAACUCCAUUUCAGCUGCUGCUUUGGGGCGAGGGGCGGAGCGAGGAGGACAGGGGUAGCAGAUGCGGCGGCGGAGGCUCUGACCAUCGUGGCUCAAUUCGCGCUUCAGGGCCCCGACGCCCAACGUGGCCCCUGACAAGUCCCAGUUCCCAAGGGAGGUGCAGGAUUCGACUCUGACGUUGAACCGAAGGCCCUGGGUCGCCCAGGUCUGGGCGAGUUGGCGAUAACCCCUCUGUAACCGUUUUCUUCUGUUCCUAUAAAACGUUUUGUACCAUC